CUCUCCUCUCAAACACCCUUAUACCCUCCGCAACCAAAUCUUCACCGAUUCCACGUACCGUCCAAAUAUCAACAUGUUUCACGUCUUAUAAAUUAACACCAAACUCCACAACCCUCUGGAUGUCGGUAUCCUUCGUCGGUUAACCGUCGUCCGAUUCCGAUUAACCGGAAAACACUUUUACUCCAUCAUCAUCAUCAUCAUCAUCAAGGCCUGAAAACGAUCAAUUUCUUUAUAAAAAUGGCGAAAAAGAGGAAGUCGGUCGCUACGAGCCUAGACGAAGUCGAUCGGACGAUGUACGCCAAUUUUAGCAGCGCCGCUAACUCUCUCUCGCAGCUUUAUUCUCAAGCUAUCAGCCAACAGAAACUCUGUUUUCUCUCCGGUGAACGUCAUGGAUUGGAAAUGCUCUAUCAAUGGAUUUCCAAGCAACACGCGGAAGGGCUGAGAGUCACAGCAGAUGACAUACUAGCCUACAUUCAGGCUGAGCUGGAAUCAUCAGGGGAGGAACCAUCAAUGGCAAUGGCAAUGGCAAUGGCUCCAAGAAGUUUACAGUCCGACUCGACUAAUACUAGCAUGGCCGCUAGCGAUCAGCUCGCACCCAGGAAUUAUAUAUUCUCAAACGCGUUGUCAAGCCCAGUCCGUCGCAGCCUUCAGAACUAUCACAUAUCUCAAGGACCAAGAAACAAUGAACAUCACUCUGAUUCAUCAAUGGAUAUGCAUGCGGAUCAUGAUUCAACGACUCAUUAAACGACAUCAUUCCGUAUCAUCGUUAAUGAAACCUGAGUGCUAGUGCAUAUCCUCACAGAAGCCUGGGACUUGUGGAUGUCUUCAUCUUAUAUGUAAAGUUGUUUUUACUUAAAUAUUCAAGAAUUCUUGGUUUUUCUCUUUGAUGUUUUGGCGGUGUUCAACAUGGUUUAGGGUCGUUUUGGUUAUGGUUUAAAAUCGAAGGAUGGUUUGCUUUUGAAUUUC